AUGAAUGAUGAGGAACGUAAUGUAAUAAUUAAUUCAGGACUCAAAUUAAAGAAAGCUUAUCCUCAACCACUUUUCUUGUACACUUCUUUUAUCAAAAAUUUUAAUUGGGAUAAUCUUAUACAUGUACAUGUAAUAGUAAUCGGGUGGUACCGGUACACUCGCAAUGGCUCGGCUGAUCCCGUUGCGCGUGAUGAUUCAAUCUGGCAAAACACAUAUCAGAAUAGUAAUAACAUCAAUCAAAAUCCAAUAGACUUACAAUUUCUCACACAAACAUAUAAACUCACUUCCUCAUUUCGUACACCGUUUAUUUUAGCAAAAUUGAAAAAAGUCAAGCUUUCAUUAGACUGCGACAAAUACGGCGACGACGGAUACGAAGUAUCAAAAAACAAUAUAGAAAAUAUGAGAGAUUUAAUAAAUGCAUUAAAGUUGCUGAACCGUAAUAUCAGGAUUUUGGAAAUCAAUACCAAUGUACUUGGAUUAAGUAAUAUUCAUCAGCUUUGUGAUUUACUCAAAUUUAGAGGAUCUUAUUUUAGAAAAUAUUGGAGAUGA